UGUGAAGUGUCGUGGAACGCCGGACUCCGUCGAAGCAAACGUGUCUUGUACAGAAGAGUAGUGAAAGCGAAAGCAGAACUGGAAAGACGAAAUUUUUUUAAAAAAUCAAUUGGAUAAUUGUCUUAGUUAUUUUUGUUACUAAGAAAGAAGAAGAACUUUUUAACGCCCGUCGAGCUGUUAAAAAUGGCGGCGUCGCGGAACAUCAUCUGGAGGGAGUACAAGUUUUCAGUUGUGUGCAUCAUUUUCAUCUGGACUUUCCUUUCAUUAUCUCGUCAAGGUGUGGAUGCAUUAAAAUUUCUCAGUCCUCCACCCCAAGUUUCUAGUGGAUACCUAGCCAGGAAUAUUGACUUCAACUGUUCAACUGAUGAUGCAAAUGCAACAGUUAAGCUUUUCUUCGCUGCAGACUUUGUAAACUAUAAUGAAAGAACUUUGUCUCCUGAGAAACUUCACCUGAAUAAACAAGUUUUUACAUUGUUGAACCUUGGGGUGAAGGAUGGUGGACAAUAUAGGUGUAAAGCAACAGAUGGAAAAGAAAACAUUGAAUGGCCAAGCACUCAUGGUUUACUCUUUCUUUCUCAAGGAAAAUUGCCAGAUAUUAUACUUGAUCCACCAAGACCAAUCAUAAUACAGCAGGGGCAAACUGGAAAAAUCACAUGUCAAGCUCUUGGUUGGUCAGUCAGCAAACUUGCAUGGAAGAAGCGAACUGACUCUGGUGACCAAAAUGUUCCAGACAGCAAAGUUACAAAUGUUGUAGAUAAGUCUGAAAAUUUAGUGAAAGCAACCCUAACCUUCACUAAUGCUCAACCUCAAGAUAGUGGUGAAUAUAAAUGUGUGCUGACAGCUUUCAACAAACAGGAUUAUAAGCUUGCAAAUAUACGUGUGGAUGCACCUCAACCACCAACUUUGUAUCCAUACAAUGGAGGGACAACAGUUAAUGAAGGGACUGAAAAAACUCUUAGAUGUAUAGCUAAAGCAUCUCCAAAAGCCAAUAUAACCUGGUACAGGCAUGGCAAGGAGUUACAGAACACCACCUCCUGUUCCCCAUCAGAUGAGAAAGAGUGCAAGACUGUUUAUGAGAUUUAUGAAGAUGACCCCACCUCUGCUUUGCACACUACUUUCACUAAACAAGUUCUUCAGAUACAUGGUGCCAUGUAUCCAAGAGACCAAGGGGAGUUCAAAUGCAUUGCAAUGAAUGGCAUUGGUCAACCUGUUGAGUUAAUUAUAGACCUUGAUAUACUUGCACCAACUGCUAUAGAUAAAGAGCGAGAUGAAAUACCAGUUAAAGAAGGGCAGGAAUCAACAGUGAUCUGCAAGGUGACAAAAUCUAACCCACUUCCCACUUUCACAUGGAAAUACCAAACUGUCAAAUGUGAGGACUGUGUACCUGAUGAAAGCAAUUGGAUUGAUGUUCCGUCUUAUCUUCUCCUUACACCCCAAAAACAAACAAACUUAAGUGAAGUUCGAGUUGAGAAAAGUCAGUCUGCUGCUUUUUACCGUUGUCAAGCUGACAAUGGUGUUGGAAAUGACACUCACAUUAUAAAACUCAUUCGGCUUGCAAAAUCAAAGAAAAUUUAUGAGUUUGAGUCAGACAGUGCAACACAGUUAGAUGAAGAAGGCACUUUGCAUCUCGUUUGCAUCAGGCGAUGUGGUCUUUGGUGCACUGAUACCCUCUUUAAAGAUGGUCAACAGCUGUCAGUUCAAAAAAAUGACUCGCGUGUCAACAUCACAACAAUACAAUCAUCUAAAGAUAGGUAUGAAAGCCGGCAGAUAUUGACGAUAAAGAAAUUGACACUUAAUGACUCUGGAAGUUACCGCUGUGGGCCUGCUGGUCCAGAAAAUGAUGUACUUAACAUCACUAUCAAAAAAUUAGUUGCACCAGACAUUAGCAAGUUGCCUGAUAAAGCUGCGAUUCAAGAUGAAGACUUUCAAGUGCGACUGUACUGUAAUGCCACUGGGCACCCAAAGCCAACUCUUACUUGGUACUUUGAGAGAAAUGGAGAAAAAGUGCGCAUCAAUGAGAAAGGAGAAGGAUUGGGUGGAAAUGUAGAUGCCUGUGAGAAACGGACCUCUGGCUACUUCUUUUUAGUAGACAGAAAUCCUUCUGACCUUGUGAUUUGCCGCCCAAAGCUACAACAAAUAGGAAAAUAUACAUGUCGUGCUAGCAGCCCUAGAUUCAAAGUUAAGGAACAAAGUGCAUUCAUCAAUGUGUUUAUGGCAGCUAAAAUCAAAGAGCCGGUGGAUGGGUACGAAAUUCAGAAACUGAAAGUUGGCCAGAAAUUAAAUGUGACAUGCAGAGCUGAAGGAAACCCACUGCCUAAUGUAUCAUGGGUACAGAACAGUACUGGCAAGGUGAUAGCAUCUGAUCUGGGCUCCCUCCAGCUUAAUAAGGCUCUGGAGAAAGAUGCUGAUUUUGGUAGUUAUAAAUGCAUUGCUCGCAAUCGCUUGAAAAACAGUGGAUGGAGAAAGGAUGAAGUUCACAUAAAAGUGAUCAAAUUUUCCACUCCUGUUACAAGAGCUGGAGGGUCUCCACUGAGUACUGGUGCCUUGGUUGGAAUUGCCAUUGGUGUGGGUGUCUUGGUUCUUCUUGUACUAGUGAUAUGUUGUGUGGUGUAUCGCAGACAAAAGAGACAGAUUGACGAAUACAAGGAGAUUUACUUCCUACGAAGCUCAGACUACCAGAUCGACCCCGACCGCAGCCUCCUGGAGCAGUGCAGCGAUCUGCCAUAUGACCCAGACUGGGAAUUCCCCGAGGAGAGACUUAUUCUCGGGGAUGUGCUGGGUGCUGGGGCCUUUGGUCAGGUUAUUAAGGCAGAAGCUAUCGGCAUCCUGGCCUUUGAACCACGUGAUAAGAGCGCCGAGUCAUUCAAGCGACGCUCGAAAAUACGCAGGUCCUCGCGGGCCAAAGAUCUGAAGAAAGAAGAAGGCCCCGGAUGGAAAAACACGAGGAUCCCUGUAGCAGUGAAAACCUUGAAAGAGGGUGCAAGUGAAUCAGAAUACAAAGAUUUAGCCUCAGAACUCAAGAUCCUUAUCCAUCUUGGACAACACAAAAACAUAGUGAAUCUUCUUGGAGCUUGUACACGUGGAAAGCGACUCAUGGUGAUUAUGGAAUUCGCUCCCAACGGCAGCUUACUGUCUUUCCUUCGAGGUAAAAGGGAUAUUUAUGAGCCAGACUGGACGAAGACCACCAAUGACCCGAAUAAAGAAUUUACACUUGUCGAUCUCGUAAUGAUCAGUUAUCAGGUCAGCAGAGGAAUGGCAUUCUUGGCUUCAAGGAAGUGUGUGCACCGCGACUUGGCCGCAAGGAACAUCUUGGUGGGUGAAGACUAUGUAAUGAAGAUUGCAGACUUUGGUCUUGCUAGAGACAUUUACAAAGAUGAUCUUUAUGUGAAGAAGACGCAAGGAUUACUGCCAGUAAAGUGGAUGGCUCCGGAGUCUCUGUUCGACAGAGUUUACACUGAGAAAACGGACGUGUGGUCUUUUGGUAUUCUGAUGUGGGAAACAUUUACCCUUGGAGGUACCCCAUACCCCGGUCUCCCCACGGAACAGCUUCUUGAUUACCUAAGUGAAGGGAAGCGGAUGGAUAAUCCAGCCAAGUGUCCACUGGAAGUGUACACCGUCAUGAGGGACUGCUGGCUUCACGACCCUGAACAAAGGCCACACUUCGCUACCUUGAACGAGCGACUGGGAAAAAUCUUGGAAAGGCACAUGACAACGGAGAACCCUUACCUUGCGCUUGAGUUGGACGAUGAUGAGGGUGUUGAAAGUCAGGGGUAUUAUCUGCAGCCGUGUGAUUCAGGUCUGCGAGAUUCCAAGCGAUAUGUAAAGUCACCAAUAAGCUCUCCGACAGGCGAGCUUCCGCCGAAUACGACCCCGGAAGGAGCUGGAAUGGAGUACGAUUCUCCGUUACCUGCUUUACCACCAGGUCUGGACGUGAUGAGCGACGACGAAAUCAAAAACGCACCCCUCCCUUCCAUCCCUCCCUCGUAUGAAGAAGCUUUGAGCGACGAAGAUGAGUCCCGGCCAAUGAGAGGUGGGAGGACGAACAGUGCAGCAGGAGAGAGCGGUAUUGACGUGGAUGGAUUGGACGAUGGUGAUUACAUUGACGACAUACGAGGGGAUACCCCCUUCCUUUCCCCUGUGGAAAAGAUCCCAGAAACUGACGUUUUGCAGAAAGGAAAUAGACGCAAGAUCGAAACAGCACUUUGAGAAUUUCAAUUCCACUCCUUCAAAUUUUGAAGUUGUCGAAAUUCAGAACAAUAAGUGAGUUGCAGCUGUACGAAAUAACCGCACAGUUAAGGAUCAUUCGACCUUUGUGUAUAGACACUAUUUAAACAGCCAUUGCCAAAGAUACACAUGCUACAUCGAAAGGGAAAGUAAGCUCCACCCAGUUCAUCUUUUAAGUUAAGCCUGUCGCCCAACGUGACAGAUGAUGUAACAAAACUCAGUAACGAUUCGAUUUACUGCUUACACUAUUUAUUUUUGUUCUUUUACUAAGAGGGUGUCAUUUGCUCUCCUUUGGAGCUAGAAAUGACUGGUUUAUCACUCGUUUGUUAAGCUCUUUUCUGAGAUAACUUUCUCUUAGAGUUCCUAUAUUUGAGACGAGUCUUGUGAAACUCAUAUGACUACUGUUAAUCUUACUCAAGGAAUUAAUGUACACUAAUUACGCUCUGUAUAUCUUUAAAUGAAUGGGUAUAUUUUUGAAGAAAUAAUGUAGAUUCAAUCUUCGAAUUGAAUUUUUGUUACUUUUCUGCUUUCUAAGUAUUCUCUAAGUGAACCUCGUAAUGGUGAAAGAUUUUACAAAACUAAUUUUAGAAAGGAAAUGAGCUAUUCUGAUAUAAAGUUUCAGUGACAUGUGACCAUUAUAAAAUGCAAAGUGAAGUAACGAUAUCCAUCGAAACAAAGUGUGAAAUUGCUUGCUUUCAUUUCUCUGUGUAAAGUUACGAUCCGUUUAUCAUUAGCAGUUGAUAGUAGUCGCGCGUGUGGUCAGCGAAAUGUUGUUCAGUUUUUCUUAGUUUCAUUCAUAAAUGCAACAAAGCUACGUUUGGCUCAUAUCAUGUCAAGUUAUUUAUUCGAAAUUAACUUUUGAAUUCCGCUGUAUAAACAUGUCGCAUUCAGACCAAAUCUGAAAUGUUAAACUUGAGCGAUUUUCUAACAGAAUGUUUAAAAAAUACGUAGAUGGCACUUUUAAACAACGUCCUCACUAGAAAUGUAUAUCAAAUGAGAUUAGUAACAUUUUCAUUGUAUAGGUAUAUUUAGGCGCAAGCAACUAAUUAAAUAUCUGAUAAUAAAAAGGCUUUCAAUUCAAAUCCCUGUAAGGAGUGUUUUAAUGGAAGCAGGUUUGUCCCCGAUCAAAUUUCCUCAUCUCCACAGCACUUUCAGGGGAAAUCAACUCAGUCCCUGGCUUUACGGGAAGUACUCGACUGCGGCCCUAUAAUGAGCGUCGUUUGCAUAUAGAAUCGUCACACUUAGAAAAGAGAAACGUUCAGGUUUCUUUUUUAGAGUUUCAGGAACGUGCUCUACGAACGGCGUAAAGGAAGGUCUGGAAACGCUAUUUCAAUCAGGCACAGUGACAAAAGCUAGCAAGAGGCUCUGGCGAGCGCCAAAACGAGGUCAUAAAAAUUUACCACCAUUUGACAUACGCUUUUUACUUCUUUCAAAAAUGCUUCAAUUAGCUUAAGGUUGUU